AUGUGGAGAGUGCUGUGGAAACUAAAAAUCAGUCACAAAGUUAAGAUCUUUAUAUGGAAAGGCCUGAAAGAAGCAAUUCCAGUCAAGGAAUUAAUCUGGAGAAGGAUGUCUAAAGGAGACCCUAUAUGCUCAGGCUGUGGGGAGGAGCUAGAAACAUUGGAACAUCUUUUUCUGAAGUGCAAGAAAGCUAAGGAGAUCUGGAAAGUUGCACCAGUACAAUGGGAUGGGAUUCAGGAGCUGACUGGGAAUUUCAACAGAUGGUGGGCUGCAUUAUCCGAAGCAAUUCAGAGAGAUCAGGGGAUAGACCAUAUAUCUCUCACAGCUUAUAUUCUGUGGCAUAUCUGGAAAAGUAGGAAUGAUAAAGAGUUUAACAACAAAACACAUGAGCCAGCACAAGUGAUCACCAAAGCCUGGAAUGCAUGGAUGGAGUUCAAUGACGGGACCAAAAAGACUAGGAGCUGUAGUAUUGAAUCAACAACAGCUUCACUUCACAGGAAUGAACAAGAAGCUAGCCAAACUCCAGACAACAGAACAGUAGGAAUGCAGUUAAGAAUAGCAACCAAGUGGAACAAGGCAUCAAAGUCCAUUGGAUAUGGUAUUGUUGCAGCUGAUUGCAGAGGGCAGGAUGUGAUGGGAUGGAAAAUGAGAGAAAGAGAAAGCUCAAACCAAGUUCAACAUGAAGCUGAAGGUGUUAAAUGGGCCCUGAUCAAAGCAGCAGAACAAGGAUGGAGGCUGGUAUGUAUUGGAGUUCCUAAUACGGACCUUCUGCAGCAAAUACAGGGAACAAAAACAGUAGGCUUGUGGUUAGCUACCCUAAUAGAGGACAUCCGCGAGCUAAGUAAGAUGUUUUACAAAUGCUCCUUUUGCAUAGGAAAAUAUAGAAGGAAUGAUCUAAGUUGUUUGUUUAGUGCUCAAGCUUUGAGCAAUUAUUUUGAUGUAGAAUGGGUUAACCCCAAUCUAUAG